CAUCCGUUCAAAUCUCCAAUUGCAUUUCUCACCCCCUCCUCUCUUUCUCGCACCAGACAGAGCAAACACUCUGUUCUCAGAACCUUCUUUGCUUUUUCUCUCGUUCAUGGAGCUCCAGAGGCGCCAAGAUCAGAGUCUUUCCCAGCGGAAGGGUCAAAAGCGGAAGCUCGACGAGGAACAGCACGACGAAAGGCAGAUCUCGGCGGCGCCGUCCACCGCCGCCGAGCGAGCGGCGCUCCUCUGCGACGUCGGAGAACAGGUGAGCAUCCUCGAGUCGAGUUUCACGUGGAACGAAGCGGAUCGAUCCGCGGCCAAACGCGCUACUCACGCGCUCGCCGAUCUCGCGAAGAAUGAGGAAGUGGUGAACCUGAUUGUUGAAGGAGGCGCGAUUCCUGCGUUGGUGAAGCAUCUUCAGGCGCCGCCUCUGAUUGACCGUGUCCAGAAGCCAUUGCCAUUCGAGCACGAGGUUGAGAAGGGGAGCGCUUUCGCAUUAGGACUCCUUGCCGUCAAGCCAGAGCAUCAACAGCUCAUUGUUGACAGUGGUGCCUUAAUACAUCUUGUUGAUCUUUUAAAGAGGCACAAGGAUGGCUUAACAUCUCGUGCUAUUAAUAGUCUCAUUCGCAGGGCUGCAGAUGCUAUUACUAAUCUUGCUCAUGAAAACAGCAGCAUUAAAACCCGUGUCAGGAUGGAAGGUGGAAUUCCACCACUUGUUCAUUUGCUUGAUUUUGCCGAUGCAAAGGUACAAAGAGCAGCUGCUGGUGCACUACGAACUCUUGCUUUUAAAAAUGAUGAAAAUAAAAAUCAGAUUGUUGAAUGCAAUGCUCUCCCAACUUUGAUUUUAAUGCUACGUUCUGAAGAUGCUGCUGUUCAUUAUGAAGCGGUAUCUUAUGUGGCACAUGCUAUGAAUUUGAUAUACCAGGUUGGUGUGAUUGGAAAUCUAGUGCACUCUUCACCUAAUAUAAAGAAAGAAGUUCUUCUCGCUGGAGCUUUACAGCCAGUUAUUGGAUUACUUAGUUCCUGCUGCUCUGAAAGCCAGAGAGAAGCAGCCUUGUUACUUGGACAAUUUGCAGCAACUGAUUCAGACUGUAAGGUUCACAUUGUACAGAGGGGUGCUGUCCAACCAUUGAUAGAAAUGCUUCAGUCAUCUGAUGUACAACUCAGGGAAAUGUCAGCAUUUGCGUUGGGAAGAUUAGCCCAGGACACACAUAACCAAGCUGGUAUUGCUCACAAUGGUGGCUUAGUGCCAUUGCUCAAGCUUCUUGACUCAAAAAAUGGGUCUUUGCAACAUAAUGCUGCUUUUGCUUUAUACGGCCUUGCAGACAAUGAGGAUAAUGUGUCCGAUUUCAUUAGGGUAGGUGGAGUUCAGAGGCUGCAAGAUGGAGAAUUUAUUGUUCAAGCAACUAAAGAUUGUGUUGCCAAGACGUUGAAAAGAUUAGAGGAGAAGAUUCAGGGCCGGGUUUUGAACCAUUUGUUAUAUCUUAUGCGAGUUUCAGAAAAGGGUUGUCAAAGGCGAGUCGCAUUGGCUCUUGCACAUCUUUGUUCUGCAGAUGAUCAGAGAAAAUUUUUUAUUGAUCACUAUGGUCUUGAGUUGCUUAUAGGGCUUCUUGGAUCAUCCAGCUCUAAGCAGCAACUUGAUGGUGCCGUGGCUUUAUGCAAGUUGGCCAAUAAAGCAUCCACCUUGUCUCCUGUUGAUGCUCCUCCUCUUUCUCCAACGCCACAGGUAUAUUUAGGAGAGCAGUAUGUGAACAAUGCUACAUUGUCUGACGUUACAUUUUUGGUUGAAGGCAAACAAUUUUAUGCACAUAGAAUUUGUCUACUUGCAUCUUCGGAUGCAUUUCGUGCAAUGUUUGACGGUGGUUACAGGGAGAAGGAGGCAAGAGACAUAGAGAUUCCAAAUAUUAGAUGGGAAGUUUUUGAGUUGAUGAUGAGAUUUGUGUAUUGUGGAUCAGUUGAUGUCACUCUGGAUAUUGCUCAAGAUCUUCUUCGAGCAGCGGAUCAAUAUCUUUUGGAAGGACUUAAGAGACUCUGUGAAUACACAAUUGCACAGGAUAUAUCACUAGAGAAUGUUUCAAGUAUGUACGAGCUUUCAGAAGCCUUCAAUGCAAUACCACUGAGGCAUGCAUGCAUCCUUUUUAUCUUGGAGCAAUUUGAUAAAUUGAGUGCAAGGCCAGGGCACUCUCUUCUGAUUCAGCGUGUAAUACCAGAGAUCCGAAAUUACUUUGUUAAAGCACUUACAAAGGCCAACUCCCAUAACAACCGACUGUAGUAUGCACCCAUUCUAUACCCUUGACCUCUAACCGAUGGUGUUGUACAGAAUGUAGUAGUGUUAUUCCUUUUUUUGUACCAGGAAGGGGUCUCCUGUUUGUGAUAUACAACUCGGCUAAAAGAAAUACCUAAUGACCGAGUCGUGCUUCUUUUAUUUUUAAACGAGGUGUAAGCCCCUGUUGGUCUGUAAUUUCAUUAUCAUAGAUAUAGCAAAUAUGACCUUCACGAACAUUUUUUAUCUCAUGCAAUGUGAUGGUUAUGACUUAA